CCACCAUGAGGCUGAUGGGAGCUGCCUCCGCUUCCUCCCGGUGACGUCUGGCCGUAAAGGCGGCGGAUCAGCUGCUGAGCGGAGCCCUCGGACCUGACGGUCGGUGUGCGGAUUUAUCGACCGCUGAUCAAAGAGGACUUCAUUAAAAAGACCCGAACCGGACCGCUGAGCGUCAGUUUGGCCGUUCACGGUGACGGAUGGAGGAGGGAUGCGUUGCCUAGAAACAGAGAGCGGAGGAGGGCGGAAACAGGCCGAGCAUCACUGCAAAUGUUGGAUGAGCCUGUAAGUCUGCACUCAGGGUGAAGCAGCCACCAUGCCAUGUACCUGUGCAGAGUGGAGGAGAUGGAUCCGUCCCCUGGUUCUGGUUCUGUAUGCCCUUCUGCUGGUGGCUGUAGUGCCGCUGUGCAUCUGGGAGCUCCAGAAGGACAAGGUCGGGACUCACAGUAAAGCCUGGUUCAUUGCCGGUGUGUUUGUGUUCCUCACAAUCCCCAUUUCACUGUGGGGGAUCCUGCAGCAUAUGGUGCACUACACCCAGCCUGAGCUGCAGAAACCCAUCAUCAGGAUUCUGUGGAUGGUUCCAAUCUACAGUCUGGACAGUUGGCUGGCCCUGCGGUACCCCAGCCUCGCCAUCUACGUGGACACGUGCAGGGAGUGCUAUGAGGCCUACGUUAUCUACAACUUCCUGGUUUUCCUGCUCAACUUCCUGAGCAACCAGUACCCGAGCCUGGUGCUCAUGCUAGAGGUGCAGCAGCAGCAGCCACACCUGCCGCCGCUCUGCUGCUGCCCGCCAUGGCCGAUGGGAGAGGUGCUGCUGUUCAGAUGCAAGCUGGGCGUCCUUCAGUACACGGUGGUCCGACCCGUCACCACGGUGAUAGCACUCAUCUGUCAGCUCUUUGGAGUUUAUGAUGAGGCCAAUUUCAGCUUCAGAAACGCUUGGUCCUACCUGGUUAUUGUUAACAACAUAUCCCAGCUGGUGACAGUUGUUCUUCUGAUCUUUCUGAUUAGAGUAUGAUUAUAGACUGAUGCCCUGAGAGAUGAGCUGACUCCAAUCAGGCCCGUUGGAAAGUUCCUCUGCGUAAAAUUGGUGGUGUUUGUCUCCUUCUGGCAGGCCGUUUUCAUAGCCUUCCUGGUGAAAGUAGGUGUGAUCUCUGACAAACACACCUGGGACUGGGACAGCGUGGAGGCUGUAGCUACUGGACUGCAGGACUUCAUCAUCUGCAUAGAGAUGUUCCUGGCUGCUAUCGCUCACCAUUACACCUUUACCUACAAACCCUAUGUCCAGGAAGCAGAGGAGGGCUCCUGUUUUGACAGUUUUUUGGCCAUGUGGGAUUUCUCUGACAUCCGAGCUGACGUCACUGAGCAAGUCCGCCAUGUUGGUCGUACUUUCCUGGGACGCCCCAACAAGAUGUACUUUGGAGCAGCUGCACGACCUGAGCAUACUGAGCACACUGGGUUGCUGAACUCCACCUCCCAAGAUCCCAUCGUCACAGCAGCAACAUCUAUGCCCGCCUCACCGUCUUCUAUCGGCCGGUACCAAGGCCUCGGCCACACGCCUGCCACUCACUCUAUAUCUGCACCUGCAGGUUUCAGGUCUUCAUCCUGGGAGGACGACAGCGACUGUACUCCCCCUCAGCGGGGAAGCGAACAAUAACAAGACAAAAACACUGUCAAAUAUAUAAAGCAAAAAUGUAUGAUAAAAACAAAAUCAAAGUGAAUGGCUGAAGAAAAAAGGAGGAUUUCUGAUGUAAAAACCAUAGUUGCUCAGAAAACUGGCAUAAUAAAAAACAUUCUCUGAUGUAAAUUCCU